AUGCGCCGUUUAGCACACUGUUACACUUUGUUCCUAAAACAAGAGGGAAUUAAACAAAAACAUAACAACUCAUUAGAUAUGUUUAAUCGAGUAAACAUUGAUAUGCUGUCUAAUGUUAUUGAGGUUUACACCAAAAAAGAUGAUGUCGAUAUUAAAGCUGGAUUAAAACAGAAUUUUAAAGGCAUGGACGCUGAAGCUGAAGAUGUGCAGAAAUUUAUUUAUACUUUAAAUUGGCAAGAAUAUCUUUUUGGUGACGCAACUUAUAAACUGAACAUUAGAAGUCAAGUCAACUUGCGAAAACCUGCCAAACUGCCUAGAGAGCAAGAUUUACUCAUACUGCGGAACUAUAUCUUGGAAACUAUGAAACUGUUAUGUGAUGAUUAUGAGUUUCAUGAUUUACACAGUUAUGUCAAACUUAGAAAUUGUGCUUGCGCUAGAUUAACUUUGUUAUGUGGCAGGCGUGGUGGUGAGCCUGCGCGUAUGUUAUUAACGGAUUGGAAUCAAGCCUAUAACAAUGAAUGGAUUGACAGUCAAAGAGUUUAUAAACUUGGCAAACUUGAAAAUUUUCUUAUUAAAACAAUGAAAAUAGCUUACAUGACAGGCAAGGGAAAUAAUCAUCUUGUGCCUGUCCUUAUACCACAAGGCACUGUUGAUGCAAUCAUAAAAAUUGCUAGUAAUGAGUUUCGAGAACAAGCAGGAGUAUCGCCUCAAAAUAAAUUUCUUUUUGCAAGUGCUCAGGAUUCUGAUGCUCACAUUUCUGGUUGGCAGGUUGGCAAAAAUCCCAAUGAUAUUAUAGCUACCAACAAUCUUCAUUGCAUUAGUACUUUGUUUGCUGCUUUAGAUGUUCCUAAACGUGACAGGGUAUUAUUUUAUUCUCACAUGGGGCAUUCUGAACAAAUAAAUAUUAAUUUCUAUCAAGGCCCUCUAGCUUUGGAAGAAAUUACAAACGUUGGAAAACAUCUAUUAGCCAUUGAUGCUGGUGAAACCGGAUCUUCAAUAUAUUCAGAACCAGCUACUAAAGUGUUGUCUGAAAUAGCAACCUUCAAGAAUAUUUUGGAUUUUCUGGAUAUAAAUGAUGGCAUUAUUUCUCUCAAAUAUCCUGAUUUUGUAGUGAUGCUUAUAAGGAUCUUAAAAAAGUUAAAAGGUUACUUUGUAAAAUUAAAUCGAGCCAAAAAUUUGGACUUUAAAAAACAUUUUUUAAGCUCUGCUUUAUCUUUUAAUGGUGCUUUUUCUGAUGUUGUUGGUUUGUUACCUUCUGAUACUUGUCCUACCCCUACUUCUAUCUACAAUAGUGAAAUUGUUCCAAAUCAAGUUACUGUUUUUGUAUCUUCUGAUUUAAAUUUGCAAAUUACUAAUGAUGAUUUGUCGUGUCCUGUUACCUUCUGA